UGUUAGUCAUUGGAUGGAGACUUAGUAGCCAGUUCAGUGAAGAGUUUCACUUAGUUUUUAGAUGGGUGGUCCUAGGUCCCAUGCUGAGCUAAAUUCUACGGCUCCUCUCAAGGUAUGUAGGCUAGAGGUGGAUGGCUGUACAGCAGAAAGGGUGAAUGAGUAUUUGCAACCUGCUCUAGUGGAAGGUGUCCCUGCCCAUUUGGAACUGGAUGAGCUUUAAGGUCCCUUCCAACCCAAACCAGUCUGGGAUUCUCCAAUUUCCCACCAGCACUUUUCCCUGCAGAGCCCAUCACCAGGGUGAAUUAAAAAUUCCAGAUUUCUGGAGCGCACUCUUGUCAUCUCAUAGCUGCUGCUCAGGCAAAGCUGGUAUUAAUUCAGGAAGAGUCUCCCCGAGCAAGAACUCUCCAGAGUCCAAAAUAUUUUGCAGACAGUAAAUACAGGAAUUAUUCACCUACCACAGAACAGCAUCAGCCUCUGGGUGGAAUGCAGGAGCUGGUUAACAGUGCGCAGAAACACUUCCCCCCAGGUUUGGACAGGAGUUGGAGGUUUGUGUGUGCCCAAUUGAAACUGCAACUGAAAGCAAUGGGUCCCUCCCUUGGUCCUGGAGGGGCGAGCACCAGCUACCUGGGUACCUUACCUCACCACUUCCUCUGGGAUGCCAGGAGGCUUUUCUGGAGCUCGUCCAUCUGACCCAGUCCUCCACAUGAGAUCUGGCAAGAUAAUCGCUCCAAGUGUCUGGGGAGCAGCACCAGAAGCAUCUGCAGGGUAAGAAGAGUGUGCUCCAAGAACAUAAAACCCCCUUUCCAUCUUUCUCCCGAACCUCAGCCUCAUACUCAACUCCAAGGAGAAUGGCCACCUUCUGCCUGCAGCCCUGGGGACACCCUGUACACCUCAGUCUCCUUCAGACUCCAUACAGAGUGCGCCAGCAAAGCAAGCCACACCAGAGAGCAUCUGCUGAGCUGGUGCAAGUGAAGGAUUAUGAGGCUUCACAAGCAGAGAAGACCAAGAUGCAUGGAGUCUCCACGACAGGUUCCCUGAGCUGGAGUUUCACAAUGAGGAUGUUCCUGGAGCAUCUCAGGACAGCCUGCUCCAGGGCGUGCAUCCCUCCAAGGGAGACGGAGAGGGGAAGUGCUAAAGAUGCCACCGGGUCCAGCUCUGCACCAGGAAAGCCUGAAGAGCCCCGAUUCAGCCAAAGCCCAGUCAUCGCUCACCUCCGAGCACCCCAACAGCCCUGGGAGGAGACGGCGCAUCCCUGGAGCGAGCGGUUAAGUGCUUUGCUGAACCAGGGCCAAGGUCCAGCACGGAGCCACCCAGCUCCCGCCGGCUCCCUCGUUGGCGCCGCACCGUGGAGUCAGGCCUGGGCUCGCACUGGAGGACGUUAUGAAAUCCUGGCCCUGACAGAGAGCAGAUGCAUCAUUGGGAAGCCCUCGGGUCAUGAGAGGGCUAAUAGUCACAUUCCUGGCCGGGAUGGCGAAAGAUUUACGCCGGGCGCUUGCUCGCCUCACCCUGCACCAGGCCGGCUCCCUGCUUCACCGGCCCCCUCGGCUUUAAUUGUUGUGUUAAUGGCCCUUUUAUUUGAAGCAGAUCCCCUGGCUUACAGAGGAGAAUGUCAUUAUGUCGUAUUUUAGAUGUAUUUACAUUCUCCUUGCCACAGGGAUAACGUUCUAAUUAUUUUCUAUAGCUGACAGCACCAGUGUCUCUGGUAUUAGGGACCCCUUAGACCUGAUUACAUGGUCUGUUUUUCUUCAAGUCACCCACAAAUGACAGUGUGGAGCAGGUUUAUUAUCAAUUGACGUACCUUUGCUUAACUCAACUCGCUCCCGAAACAAAUGUCCUGGAAAGAUAAUGCAUGUUUAGUGCAUGUGUCUUCCUUUGCGUGAAGGCAGAUGGGCUUAGGAGGUCAAGCCAACAGUUGACCUCUCCUGACUCCUCAGGCUUCAAAUGGUGGAGAAUGACAGCAUGGGAAGGGGAUGGAGGCGUAGGGGGAAAGGGGGAGAAGUGGAGGAUGCUAGCUUAGUUUUGCAUGGAGGUGUAGAGAGGUAUUGGAGUCUGGUUGAGAUGGUGGGAUUGUACCUGGGCCAGAAGUUGUUUUCAAGGGAGAAGGCAGAGCUCCUCGCUGGAGAUGGCUGUGCAACAUGCAGUGGACUUGAUGGACAGGGUGGUGAGAGGAGACGCCUGGCAGCAGGGUGUGUGGGGCUGAUGGAUGGAGCUUGGGAACUGCAUGGAGAAAAGAACUGCCUGAGAAGCCAAGAAAGGAGAAGCCUGACAAGCUUGACAAGAGAAGGUGGGAUGGGGCCCAUCGCAGAGCUAGAGACAAGAGCAGAGAAGGUGGCUUUAGAGCAAGGGGUGAUGCCAGGGAGGUGCGGGAGCACAACACAGAAGUUAUAACAGCAAGUGAGAUAAGGAGAGUGAGAGACACAAUUAUUAGAACAGAAUGAUUUGAUUUAUCCCAAGUCAUUUAUUCACCAAAUUUCUCCCCUGAGAUCUUCAAUGGACUGAAGUGGUUUCAAAUGUUGUCAUUAUUUAGAACAAUUCAACAAAAUGUUUGUUGCUUUGAAAAGCAAAAGGGAGGGGCGAGGGAUGGAGAAAAGAAAGAAAGAAAGGAAAAAUAAAAGCCUGGAUGGUCUGGUUUGCCACAUUUGAAUUUUAUUGCCGACUUGGAAUGGGUCAAGAAAAAUCACUCUUUCUGUUCUCUGAGCGGGAGUUUCACUUACAAAGCCACUUCUGAUGUGAGCGCUUCCCCAAGCUCAGAUCCAGGCUCCGUGUGUAUUCAAACAUGAAACGACAAAAAGGCAGUGUUCGUGCUGGUGAAACCCUGUCGAGGAAAUGUUUGUGCACCAGGACAAUUUCAUUACAAAACUCAGGCGCGUCUUCGUGGAGUCUCUUUGCCUGGCAGCUCUAGAGAUUAUUUCAUACUCAGCCCUGCUGGGCACCAAGGCACUUUACAAACAAAUAGAAAGGCAAAGACGCUGCCCCGAGGGAGAUACAUUCUAAGUCAGACCAAAGCAGAGUGAGAAUGCUGGCUGCAGGGUUUACACAGCAGAAGGUGGGCACUUUUGUUCGGAAAGGCAAGGAUCUCACUAAGUUUUUCUUGUGUGUGUGCGUGACUUCUGGGGCAUUUUUAGCCACGGCUUAAAAGGAAUAGGUCUCCACAAGGUUCAGUGAAAGGUGGCAGGAGAGUAGAGGUCUCAAAGGUACUGUAUUCCUGUUUUGUUUCCUUAGAAUAAAAGCUGGGUGGAGGAGAGGCAACCAAACCAUUAUUUCAAUUGAAAGAAAAGCUCCUAUGUGUUCAGAAGUAGCACUGCUGUCUUCCAAAAAUCCAAGAGGAAAAGAAGGGAGAAAUGUUUUCUAGCAGCCAUUGUGGCUAUAGCCAUCGGUGAAGUUGCCAUCACAACAUGUACAGAAGAGUUGUACCUGUUAAGAGACAGGACAAUUUAACCAUGGGAACACAACAUCCAGGAAAACAGGAUCCUUAUUUUCACCUCUCUUGAAGUUACCUUGUUUGUUUUUAAUUUACCCAUAUGCAUUUGGUGGGUGGCAGCUUGGGGAUGCUGCUUUCAGCUCCAAGAGGCAUGAAUGAGCACAGCAUCUCCUGCCUCUGCUGGAGAGCAUUUUUGGGGUGGAGGUGCUGAUGGGUCACAUCCAGUUGGUCACUGUGCAAAUGGAAGCUAAAGAGAGGCUGAGUUACAGUUUUCUUACUGCUGUUUUUAGGUUGGACUGAAUAAUAGAACUG